AUGGUUCGACUCUCCGUGACGCUCGUGCUGCUGUCCCUCGGGACCGCGGCGGCGAUGCGCGAGCCCCGCGCGAUGCGCAUCGAACGGCCGGAAGACCUCCGCGCCAAACGAACCCCGCCCGCCCCGCCCGCGCCGACGACGCCCGCGCCCGCCCAACUCGGCCCGAGCGACGAUCUGGUGGUGGACCUCCCGGGCUACGGACCUCCCCCGGCGCCGCAGUACAGCGGGUUCCUCGACGCGUCCGCCGCGGAACCCGGAACCAAGCUCCACUACUGGUUCGCGCAGGCGGAGCGCGAGGACGCCGCGUCGCGUCCCACCGUCCUGUGGCUGAACGGCGGACCGGGUUCCAGCUCCAUCCUCGGGUUCCUCCAGGAGAACGGCCCGCUCCUCAUCAAUCGCACCGGCGGCCUCAUGCGCAACCCGUGGGCGUGGACCAAGGAGGCGAACCUCGUGGCGCUGGAGUCACCGGCCGGGGUGGGGUACUCCUACUGCGAGGCGUCCCUCGGCGGAGGAUCGUGCGCCAACUCCGACAAUUCCACCGCGUCCGCCGCGCUCGCGGGUCUGAUUGACUUUUUCCAAAACAAGUUCCCCGCGCUCGCGACGAACGAGUUCUUCAUCACCGGGGAAUCCUACGCGGGCGUGUACGUGCCCACGCUCGCGCGGUGGAUCAUCGACCACAACGCGAUCGACGGUGCGUUCAAGAUCCCGCUGACUGGCAUCGCCGCCGGGGACCCGUGCACGGACAACGCGUUCCAGGCGGACUCGAUGGACAUGUUAUGGUACGGUCACAAGUACGGCUUCGUGCCGGAUGAGGACUUUGACACGCUGUGGAACAGGUGCCAAGUGCGGUACGGCCACCCGAGGGGUCUGACGCGGGGCAACCGCGUGAAGACGCGCGACGGGUGGAAGGGCGACGCCACUCGACCCCGCGUUUUGGACCCUUUGGACGGCUCCGGAUCUUUCCGGUCGCUCGACGCCGCGAUCGAUCCGCCCGAGUGCGUCGCCGCGCAUCGCCGAUUCCUCCUCGCCACCUCCGACGGCUUCUCGCAGACGUGGCGCAACGCGUGGAUGAACGACCUCACCCUGUACGGCCCGAGCGCGGUGGUGCGGGACGACGUGCCGGGGACGCUGGACUUUGACAUGGCGUCGUGGAUGCGAAGGGUCGACGUCAGAGCCGCGUUGCACGUCGAGGAAUCCCCAGCCAAGACGUGGCCCGGGCCCGACGACGGCUGGACGUACACGAGCCAGUGGGGGGCGUGCAACGAGGACGCCGCGCCUGGGACUCCCAGCAUGGUAGACUUUUACCGGUACGUCGCGCCGAGGCUUCCGGGUCAAACGAUCGUUUUCAACGGCGACACCGAUCCGUGCGUGUCGUACGAGGGCACCAGAGAGGCUAUUCGUUCGGUUGGUUUUAGCGCCAUCGCCGGCGGAGCCCAGCGCCCGUACUUCUUCAACGCCUCGGGGGUGCCCCUGGGGGUGCUUGACGAGAAACCGCUGCUGUUCGGGCCGUCGCUCGCGGUCCCCGACGCGGGGGCGCAGUUCGGCGGUCACGUCACCAGCUACGCCGAGGGCCUGAGCUUUGUCACCGUGCACGGCAGCGGUCACAUGGUGCCGCAGUUUAGGCCCCGCGUGGGUUUGCACCUGCUGAAAAAGCUGCUGAGCGGCGACGCGUUCGCGCCGCCGUUCAAACCGGACGAUGAGCUGGCGGCCAUGACGGAGGGUGAGUUCAAGAAGGAGAUGGACGCGUGGACGCUGAGGGCGCAGUCGGAAGAGUUCAUCGCGUGA